UGUGCCCGAGGGCGUCCCCGGGGUGCACCGGGGUCGCAGAACCCAAGGGACGGGCGGCGUUUUGGAAGAGGCUCCAUCGGGUCUCCGAGGAGCAUUCCGUCUCCUGGGGCGAGCGGGAGGUUUGUUCCGGUCGGUCUGCUGGAGCUUGGGGUAACCGCCGGCGUGCACGGCCCUUAGGUCUGGCUCCCGGGUCCGGCUGGCAGCGGCGGAAACCCUCGCAGCCCCUUGUUCUCCGCUGGCCCUUAGUUGCAGUGAGCACUGUGGACAAAGACUGAGCGGUGCUCACGGAACGGGCUCUUGGGAACACCAGCAAGACUUUGCAGGCACCUCUUGGUUAGGCUCUGGCGGUCUAGAGCACUUCUAAACAAGCUCAAGAAAGGCGUUGGAGAAACAUUAGAAAGCCACCCCAAUGUCCUGGAAUCCCAAAGGGUUGCUAUAGUCUCAGCCAGGGCAGCACCAGGGCACUUAGCCUCCCCUAGCCUUCUCUCCCUCUACGAAAUGGACUAAUGAGGCCGCAGAUCUCAGAGUGCAGCACAUCUGUCCAUUUCUCUGGGUGGGUCUAGUAGGACCUUGCCUCUGCAACAGAUGUGCUCUGUGCUGUGGCCCUAUCACUUCCCAGCUGGGUGGACCUCGGCCUCACAUCCUCCCAGGACCCUCGAUGUUCUCAGGCAUGUAAGCAAUCCUGGGACUGUUGUCAUAGGAUUGUGGUGAUGAGUCAGAACCAGGCCAAGAAGGGGCAGGGGUGCUUCUGGAGGAACCCCCAGGGGUGCCGUGGCUUUCAUUGUCUGGUAAGACAAAGUGGCUCAUUCUGGGAGAUUCCACCUGUGACUGGACAGGGCCUUCCACUCCAGCUGUGUGGAGACCUGGAGACUGCCAGAACUCACCUUAACAAGAUGCUGCCAGAAUAGUUGAGACCUCUGGAAUGGCUGUUCUUAAGGACUGGGAAUCUUGGGGCCGAGAGAGCAGUUUUACUUAUGGAGAAGCCUUUGUUCGGCAAGGCCCUCUUAAGUGGCCUGAGAAGCAGCCUGCCUUGGAGGUGUGAAGGGGGGAGAAUCUGCUGGGCAUGUCCUCCAGAGCCCUCCUUACAGACCUCUCUCAGUUCCUGCUGUGUGCAGUUUCUUCCACCAACAUACCACGAUAAGCUAGCUUCGAGCCUCUGAACCCUCAUCUGGCUGGGUUUUUUAGGAAGAAUUUCUGAGCAAAACUCCCAGGGAGCCAAGCCAUCAGCUAGCCCCCACUCAGCAGGGCAGCAGGAAGAGCACCUUCCUCCCUGCUCUGCCUCAUUGUGUGACUAAAAGACUAGGCAAAGAGGAAGAAUGAUUAAGGCAGGAUGGGGUCACCUGAAUGCAAGUCUCAACUUAGUUGCCUGCUGCUGGGUGAUUUGGGCAAGUGACUUAACCUCUCUGAACUUGUUUCUUCCUCUGGACGAUGGAGGCAUUCAGUGUGACUGCUGCUUAAGACUGGAGUGAACAGUGAACAACACAAGACUGUAAGACUCACAAACCUUCUGCCCCCUGAGGUCUGCAGCCUCUUGAACCCAGCAGCCAUCUAUGCCAACAACGAGAUCAGCUUGAGUGCUGUUGAGGUCUAUGGCUUUGACUAUGACUACACACUGGCCCAGUACGCAGAUGCACUGCACCCCGAGAUCUUCAAUGCUGCCAGGGACAUCCUGAUUGAGCACUACAAGUACCCUGAGGGAAUUCGGAAGUAUGACUACGACCCCAGCUUUGCCAUCCGUGGCCUCCACUAUGACAUUCAGAAGAGCCUUCUGAUGAAAAUUGAUGCCUUCCAUUAUGUGCAACUGGGGACAGCCUACAGGGGCCUCCAGCCUGUGCCAGAUGAGGAGGUGAUUGAUUUAUAUGGUGGCACCCAGCACAUCCCACUGUACCAGAUGAGCGGCUUCUAUGGCAAGGGCCCUUCUAUCAAGCAGUUCAUGGACAUCUUCUCACUGCCAGAGAUGGCACUGCUGUCCUGUGUGGUGGACUAUUUUCUGGGCCACGGCCUAGAAUUUGACCAAGCACACCUCUACAAGGACGUGACGGAUGCCAUCCGGGAUGUGCACGUGAAGGGCCUCAUGUACCAGUGGAUUGAGCAAGACAUGGAGAAGUACAUCCUGAAAGGGGAUGAAACAUUUGCAGUCCUGAGCCGCCUGGUAGCCCAUGGGAAACAGCUGUUCCUCAUCACCAACAGUCCUUUCAGUUUUGUGGACAAAGGCAUGCGACACAUGGUGGGUCCUGAUUGGCGCCAACUCUUUGAUGUAGUCAUCGUCCAGGCAGACAAGCCCAGCUUCUUCACUGACCGGCGCAAGCCUUUCCGAAAGCUUGAUGAGAAGGGUUCCCUCCAUUGGGACCGUAUCACACGCUUGGAAAAGGGCAAAAUCUAUCGGCAGGGAAACCUGUUUGACUUCCUUCGUCUGACAGAGUGGCGAGGGCCAAGAGUUCUUUACUUUGGCGACCAUCUCUACAGUGACCUAGCGGAUCUCAUGCUGCGGCAUGGCUGGCGCACAGGUGCCAUCAUCCCUGAGUUGGAGCGGGAGAUCCGCAUCAUCAACACGGAGCAGUAUAUGCACUCCCUGACCUGGCAGCAGGCGCUCACAGGGCUGCUAGAACGCAUGCAGACAUAUCAGGACGCAGAGUCACGACAGGUGCUGGCUACCUGGAUGAAGGAGCGGGAAGAGCUAAGAUGCAUCACCAAGGCCCUGUUCAAUGCUCAGUUUGGGAGCAUCUUUCGCACCUUCCACAACCCUACGUACUUCUCUAGGCGCCUUGUGCGCUUCUCCGACCUCUACAUGGCCUCCCUCAGCUGUUUGCUCAACUACCGAGUAGACUUCACUUUCUACCCACGCCGCACACCCCUGCAGCAUGAAGCGCCCCUCUGGAUGGACCAGCUCUGCACUGGCUGCAUGAAGACACCCUUUCUUGGUGACAUGGCCCACAUCCGCUGAGGGCACUUUUACUGUCCAAGACAGACCAUCAGUCCUUCCAGCCCUGGCCACCCUGACAAGCAAUAAAAGUGGUCUCUGUCCUCCAUGUGC